UAUGGCUUCCAAUAUGCCACACACAAAAUUGCUGAUAGGAAAGGUCACCAGGAUGGAUGAAAGAGCAAGUCCUUACUUUAUUUUCCCUGGUGGUGGAACAAUGUUCCCUGAUGGAGCAGCACCAUAUAUCGAGAAACUUGGACAGUACAUUCCAAUAAGUGGUGGAACUCUAAGGACUGCCCUGGAUAUGGGAUGCGGGGUUGCAAGUUUUGGGGUUCAUUGUUAUCGGAAGGCCUUUUGACUCUCUCAUUUGCUCCAAGAGUUCUCACAAGCACAAUACAAUUCGCAUUGGAAAGGGGAUACCUGCCUUUGUUCUAAUGCUUGGCACUCGCAGACUCCCAUUUCCUGCAUUUGCAUUUGACUUCAUUCACUGCUCUCGAUGCCUGAUCCCUUUUUACCUUAUAGUGGUUCUCUCUUUUUGUGUGUGUGUGUGUGGAGUGCCCUUGAUAUAUUCUUAUUUAUAUCUACCCUUUUUGUUUGGUCCUAAUGUGAAGAAAAUCGCUUUUGCAGAUGCAACUUACUUUAUUGAAGUGGACCGGUUACUUCGCCCAGGUGGAUUGGUCAUCUCUGGACCCCCUGUACAGUGGCCUAAGCAAGAUAAGGAGUGGGCUGACCUCCAGGCUGUGGCAAGAGCAUUGUGUUAUGAGUUGAUUGCUGUGGAUGGAAACACAGUCAUUUGGAAAAAGCCUGAUGGAGAUUCGUGUCUACCAAACCAAAACGAAUUUGGGCUUGAGUUAUGUGAUGAAUCAAAUGACCCAAGUAAUGCAUGGUACUUCAAGUUAAAAAGAUGUGUGACUACAACGUCUUCUGUGAAUGGAGAAUAUGCUGUUGGGACAAUUCCGAAGUGGCCAGACAGGCUAAAAAGGGCUCCUUCAAGGGCCUUGGUCAUGAAAAACGGGAUUGAUUUGUUUGAGGCAGACACAAGGCGUUGGGCAAGGAGAGUUGCCUAUUAUAAAAAUACUUUGAACGUGAAGCUUGGGACUCCGGCAAUACGCAAUGUCAUGGACAUGAAUGCAUUUUUUGGAGGUUUUGCAGCAGCCCUCAUAUCUGAUCCAGUGUGGGUGAUGAAUGUUGUUCCUGCUCGAAAGCCAUUAACUCUUAGUGUUAUAUAUGACAGAGGCCUUAUUGGAGUAUACCAUGAUUGGUGUGAGCCUUUCUCAACAUACCCCCGUACUUAUGAUCUCAUCCACGUAGCUGGCAUUGAAUCACUAAUAAAGCUUCCAGGUUCAAGCAAGAGCAGGUGUACCCUUGUGGAUCUAAUGGUAGAGAUAGACCGGAUGUUGCGUCCAGAAGGAACAGUUGUGAUCCGAGAUUCUCCUGAAGUUUUAGACAAAGUGACUCGCAUAGCUCAUGCAGUAAGGUGGAAAGCUAUCAUGUAUGACAAGGAACCUGAAUCACACGGUAGAGAGAAAAUUCUGGUUGCAACCAAAAUCUUUUGGCAGCUAACUUCAGCAUCCCAUUGAGCGCCUUUGUUCUUUUUAAUGUAGGUAUUUUUCCUUUUCAUUUCUUUUUUGAUUAUUAUUUGAAGCCAAGUUGUCUUCUCCAUGCAUCAAGUAGGUGCAAUCUUGUUACUUAUUUGGUAUAUUUAUAUCAAGAAACUGUAGAUUUAGAAAAGUAUAAGAGACAAAAUACUGCAGCUUUAUGGUAGUACACACGUGUCAGUGGCAAUGACAAUUUCUGUUAGCAGUAAGAAUCAAUUGUAAUUUGAUGCCAUUGAUUGCCACUAACUUGGUGGUGCUCUGCAUUAA